CCUACCUUUGUCAAUGGUUUUUCGUAGAUGUUAUGAUAAUUCAAUUUAGUUAUAUGUAUGUAGGUAUUACUUACCAAACAAAAUGAAUCCGAAUAGAAAAAACGACUACUUCGAUGCACUGAAACCAAUUUUGUACUUAAUGAAAAUGGAUGGCAUUUUUCCAAUGAGAUUUACUUUAAAAGAUCACAGUGAUAAUUUUCUCAACUCGAAAAUGGUUUCUGUAAUAACUACCAGUCUCUAUGCCAUUAAUAUGGCAUACACCUUGAGAAGGAUAUAUUAUCUCACUGAUCAUUUGUGGCAAAGAUUCAGUUCGAAUGUUUUUGUAGCCCUGAUACCCAAUUAUUCGGAAAAAAUAAGCAUCUUUAUAAUAGCUUGGAAGGUAUGGAGCCGAGGCGAACAAAUGGAAAAGUACUGGUCAAAAUGGCUGAAGUUUCAGGAUGAGUACGCGAAGUUGACUGGCAAACAAUUCGUAUCGAAUUUGAAAACUAUGUCGUUUUGGUUUUCGAUGUUGAGCCUAUUUUUGACAAUUUUCGCAAUAGUUUUGGGUUAUCUGUAUCUUAUGCAAGACGGUAUUGUUGGACUCAUUUCCGAUAGUGUGAACACGAUUUCAGCUCUCAUUAUGGGAAUUUAUUGGUUCAUGAAUCAUAUGUAUUCGAGGGCAUGCGCCAUGACUGUUAUUUCAUUGGCGAAAAGAACACUGGAAGAAGGCACUAACUGGGGAAGAUUAAAUAAAAUCAACGAUUUAUGGAUACUGCUAUGCGAUUUAGUCGAAGAAUUCAAUGUCCUACAUGGUUCUGUAUUUUUAAUAUAUACAGGAAGUGUUGUUCUGAACAUGAUUCUGUUCGCUUAUAUUUCCAUGUAUUAUUCCAAGUUUUCAGAUUCUUGGAAUAAAAACGCAACGAUCAGCGGUACGGUAAUAUGCGCUGUGAUGAUUUUAGUGGUCUGUGAAAUGGGAUAUUCGGUUUAUAGACAGCUGAAUAUCAACCUCAAGCACACGUUAUUAGAAUACAAUACAGUCCAUAUGAAAGUUGAUAUGCUGCAGUCUGUAAGUUUUGAAGCACCCACUAAAAAAUUUGAAUUGGGUAAAAAAUUAUCAUUACUGAAAUAA